AUGGAACCUGCCUUUGGGGAAGUGAACCAACUCGGAGGGGUGUUUGUGAAUGGGAGACCCUUGCCUAACGCCAUCCGGCUCCGGAUUGUGGAAUUGGCCCAACUGGGCAUCAGACCCUGUGACAUCAGCCGACAACUGCGGGUUUCCCAUGGCUGUGUGAGCAAAAUCCUGGCGCGCUACAAUGAGACUGGCUCCAUCCUACCAGGGGCGAUCGGAGGCAGCAAGCCUCGGGUCACCACCCCCACGGUGGUGAAACAUAUCCGGACCUACAAACAAAGAGAUCCGGGCAUCUUUGCCUGGGAGAUCCGAGACCGACUGCUGGCAGAUGGCGUGUGUGACAAGUACAACGUGCCUUCCGUCAGCUCCAUCAGCCGGAUCCUCCGGAACAAAAUUGGAAAUCUCUCCCAGCAGGGUCACUACGAAUCUUACAAACAGCAUCAACCUGCUCCACAGCCUGCGCUGCCUUACAACCACAUAUACUCCUACCCCAGCCCCAUCACUGCUGCGGGAGCCAAAGUGCCGACCCCGCCGGGAGUGCCCGCAAUCCCCAGCACCAUGGCUAUGCCUAGGACCUGGCCCUCUUCCCAUUCGGUCACGGAUAUCCUGGGGAUCAGGUCCAUAACAGACCAAGUGAGUGACAGCUCGCCCUAUCACAGCCCCAAAGUGGAAGAAUGGAGCAGCCUGAGCAGAAAUAGCUUCCCCCCUUCAGCCCAGCAUGUUGUGAACGGACUCGAGAAGAGCUCCCUGGAGCAGGAGGCCAAGUACAGCCAGGCACCAAAUGGUCUUCCAACUGUCAGCGGUUUUGUCUCAGCACCAACUAUGGCGCCUUACCCUACACCAGCCCAGGUGUCGCCUUAUAUGACAUACAGUGCUGCCCCUUCUGGUUAUGUGACAGGCCAUGGUUGGCAGCAUGCUGGAGGCACUCCGCUCUCCCCUCACAACUGUGAUAUUCCUGCGUCGCUGGCAUUCAAGGGCAUGCAGACAGCCCGAGAAGGUAGUCACUCUGUCACAGCCUCUGCUCUCUGAUAUGAAAUUCAUUCUAGAACAACUCAACUUUUUUCCUCCCCUUCCUGGCUCAGAGACUGAUCUUUUGUGUUGGUGACAUUUACAGAUUUCUCCCCCUGACCUUCCUCCCACAAAAUUUUUGGAUUGAACUAGCCAAAACAUAAGAAACUGAUCCAUGGGUUAUUGCCCUUGCACUGUUUUAAGUAAAGAAGAUCUUACAUCCCUCAAAGGGCUCAUGGGACUUUCAUUGGUAAAACCACCCAUAUUUAUUCUAAGUCAACAAGAACUCUGCAAAUGUGCAAUUGUCAUUGAGAUUGUGUAAAAAUCAAUAAAGAAAAAUCAAUAGGGAAAGAUAUGCUAUGCCUCUAAUCAACGAAAGUGGCCAAACAGAAGUUAUUUGCUGAUGAUCUGUCUCUAGAGAACAAAUCCUUUAUUGACAAGGUUAAGUGAUCCACUGUUAUUGUUAAGAUAUUGCUUUUUGUUUGUUUGUUUAUCAAGGCAAUAUGUGGCUCUCACAUUCUUCCUGUAUUUCAUCCUGUUACAAAAACAGUAAGGUGUUUGUAUUUUCUAUCUAUUUGUAAAUAUAAGCUUUGUCCAGCAUUUGUGUUUCCAUUCCACAGUACGUUUCUGCUUCUUUUUUGAUGUUAAAAAAGUCAUUUCUGUUUCUUGCUUGGUGAUGGCAAGGGCCUCAGGUGGCUGAGACUGAGACAGUUCUUUUGGUAUGUUUUGUGCAGACUGUGGAUGCUUCAGCAUCUUAAGAAAGACAUUUUGUUUCUUCAGCAGAGGACUCAAAGGCCAUCGACCAAAUAACUCUAGUCCCAGGUCAUACCCAUCUCCCAGAGUCCUGACACAACCACACAUGUGCCAAGUGUACAAAAGAGAAGCAGGUGGAAAAUAGCUGAAAAAAACCAAGAACUGUAGAGGAAAGUGAUUUAGAAGCUUGAGUUUAAUGUGAAAUUUAAGUUAACAAAACCACUGUGAAACAAAACUGUACUGUCAUUGUUGGCUUCCCUGUGUUCAGCAAUUUCAGCCCCAAGGUUGCGUUGUAACUUUUUGAACAGAAAAAGCUGUCUUAAAAUUUCUGCUUUAAUGAAUGUAAAAAUGGCUCCCGGUAAAGUUUACAUUGUUGUACAUAAACACGUCUCACUCGUAGGUAUACUGGUGGUGGUCCGACAAAUACAAAUUUAUUUAAUGUUAAACUUCCUUUUGGCAUUGCUGUAUCUACUGGCAAGCAUUCUGUCCCAAUCAUUUUGCUUUUAAUUUUUCUACCUGACAUUAACCCCCCCAAAAGCUAAUAUUUUGGUCUUUUCAAACUUACCUGUUUUCCAAGGGCAAUAAUAAAGUUCUGAAUAUUA